AACUUCAUCUAACUGCCAAGAACGUCGGUUUUCUUUACCUGUCUCGAAUCUCUUCUGUGUGGAAGCUACACUAAUUAGUUGUUAGUUUAAGUUUAUUGUUGUUUUUUACUGUUAAUUAUUAAAAUAUAUAAAAAUGCCUAAAGAUGAUAAACACUCCAAUCAAAUACCGGAGAUUAUGUAUGAUGCUAAUACAAAAACGAUCUAUAAAAAAAGGGAGUUCUUUGGAAAGGGAGGAUUUGCAAACUGUUAUGAAAUUGUCAAUUCUACUACCAAUCAAACCUAUGCCGGCAAAAUAGUAUCCAAAAAGCUUAUGGUUAAAGAGAAUCAAAAAGAAAAGAUCACUCAAGAAAUACAAAUUCAUCAAUCUCUACGUCACAAAAAUAUUGUGGGAUUUUAUGGAUUUUUUGAGGAUCAACACAAUAUCUAUAUCGUCCUAGAAUUGUGUAAGAAGAGAUCCAUGAUGGAACUUCACAAAAGAAGAAAAGCCCUUACGGAACCUGAAACGCGAUAUUAUAUGAAACAGAUACUGCAGGGAGUAACAUAUUUACAUGAGCGUAGGAUUAUUCACCGAGAUCUUAAAUUGGGAAAUCUAUUCUUAGAUGAUGAUUUACAUGUUAAAAUAGGAGAUUUUGGUUUAGCGGCUAGAAUAGAGUAUGAUGGUGAACGUAAAAAAACUCUUUGUGGUACUCCCAACUACAUUGCCCCAGAAAUAUUGAAUAGAAAGGGCCACUCUUUCGAGGUUGAUAUUUGGUCUGUGGGUUGUAUUAUGUAUACUCUGUUAAUUGGCAAACCACCUUUUGAAACAACAAAAUUAAAGGACACUUACGAGAGAAUUAAAAAAUGUGAAUAUAGCAUACCUAAAGUUGUUUCACCUGCUGCGAAACAUAUGAUUAUGGCUAUGUUAAAACAAGAACCUAAAGAAAGACCUAAAGUUCAACAGUUGUCCCACCAUGAUUUUAUUACUUCUGGAUAUUGCCCCAGCGUUUUACCAGUGAGUUCUCUUAUUAUGGAGCCAAGAUUCAACCAAGAGACCUCUACCCGAAAACCACUGUCUGAACUUAUUUCUUCGAAUGCAGGAGAACCUAUGAUUACUUCUCCUCAGAAAGAUAUACACAACUCGAUUGCAGCAGCAGGCAUGUCAAGUGGUGCAAAUGCUUUUAAUGCCAGAGACAAUUUCAAUAUCCUCAGAAAUAUGAUAGGAAAGGUUUUGAAAUGCAAACCUGCUAGAAAGGAAAAAUUCUUGGAAGAAAUGUCUGACCCUGCCGCACAACCAAUAAUUUGGAUCUCGAAAUGGGUCGAUUACUCAGAUAAAUAUGGAUUUGGUUAUCAACUGUCAGACGAAAGUGUUGGAGUUAUGUUUAAUGACAUGACAAAACUAAUCAUGUUACCUAAUCAAAUAAAUGUCCAUUAUGUUGACCGACAGGGAGUGGAAGCCUAUAUGACACUGGAAAAUUAUCCUGCACAAUAUGAAAAGAAAAUGAAACUUCUCACAUACUUCAGCCGGUACAUGCGGGAACAUUUAAUAAAAACGGGUGCGGAUGAAGUUAAAGAAGCCGAUACUAUGACGAGAACACCCCAUUUACAGCAGUGGUGCAGGUCUACAUCUGGGGUACUUAUGCAACUUACAAAUGGUACAGUACAGAUGAACUUCACCGACCACACAAAAAUCAUUUUAUGUCCUCUAAUGGCCGCAGUAACAUAUAUAGAUGAUGAUAAAUCAUUCCGAACAUUUAGAUUUUCUUCAAUAGAGAAGAAUGGCUGUGCAGUAGGACUUUAUGAGAAAAUGAAAUACGCUUAUGAUAAAUUCUCCAUGUUAUUGGAAUGUUAAAUAUGAAAUGUUCUGUUCUUAAUGAACGAGUUACGGAUUUUAAUUUUUGUAAACCUUGUGAUUCUGAUACAUUUGUAGUUCUCAGUUUCAUUUAUAUGUUUGAUUUUGUCAGUAUGUGAAAAAUUCUGUUGAAUAACUAUGUUUAAGAAGAAUAUUUUGUAUAGUUUCGAAUAUGUGAAACAACUUUUUAUAAACCUGAGAAAAGUAA